AUGAUCUCCCUACUCCUUCUUAUCACCGGUGUCGUGACCAUCGCGCUCUACCUCCUCGGCCGCCUCCUCACCAGCCUCCUCACCCUGCCACACGAUCCGCGCGAGCCGCCACUCAUCCACCCCAAGAUCCCCUUCAUCGGACACAUCAUCGGGCUCCUCCGCCAUGGCACCAAGUACUAUUCCAUGAUGGCCAAAACGACCCCCCACCCCAUCUUCACCCUCCCCGUCCCCAACGGACGCAUGUACAUCGUGACCUCCCCCACCCUCAUCGCAUCCUGCGACCGGCGCGCCAAACCCAUCUCCUUCGCGCCCUACGUCGUCGAGUUCGGCCGGCGCAUCCUCGCCGGCAGUCCCCACGCCGUGGCGCUCUUGUCGGAGGACCUGCUCGAGGAGCGUACCAACCGCGGGGGAGGGGGCAAUUUGCGGACACAGACCAUGGCGGCGAUGCACCGCGCGCAGGUGCCGGGAGGGGAGUUGGAUGGGAUGGUGCGCGUUGUGUUGCGGUGUGUGGGGGGGGUUGUGGAUGGGGUUGUUGCCGGGGAUGGAGGGGUGGGGUUUGAGGGGGGGUUGUUUGAGUGGGUGAGGGGGUUUGUGACGGUGGCGGGGACGGAUGCGGUGUAUGGGGCGGAGACGAAUCCAUUUCGGGAGAGGGGGGCGGCUGACGGUGUCGUGUGUUGUAGGGCGGUGGACAGGGACUUUGCGAUGCUGGGGCUCAUGGUGCUACCCGAUAUUCUCGCGCCUCGGGGGAGCCGUGGGAGGAAGCGGUUCUUCCGGGCCUUUCGCGAGUACUACGCCGCGGGCGGGCUGGAGACGGCAUCCUACCUGAUCAAGGCGCGCUAUGAGGCCAACAAAAAGUACGGCGUGUCGGACGAGGACAUUGCGCGGUUCGACCUCGGCGUCUGCACGGCCCUUCUCGUCAACACGGUGCCCGCCGUGGGCUGGACGCUGUGCCACGCCUUCUCCGACCGGGCGCUCCUGGCCAAGCUCCGGCAGGGUAUUGAGGCCGUGGUCUUUCCGCCGGGGAGGCCUCAGAUAGCCACCUCCACUCGCUUGCUCGUCGAUAUCAAACGCAUUGCAGAGGCCGUGCCGCUGCUGGAGUCGUUCGUCAGGGAGGUGCUUCGAGUGGAGAGCAACAGCGCGUCGGCCCGGUUCGUGCUGCAGGACACGGUGCUCGACGACGGCGCGGGGAAUUCGUACCUAGUCAAGAAGGACUCGUUCCUGGGCAUGCCGUCAGCGCCGGUACAUGCCAACGAGGCAGUCUGGGGGCCAACCGCGCACACCUUCGACCCGACACGCUUCCUCCCCGAGCGGCAGAAAGAACGCAAGAUCCCGGCCUCGGCGUGGCGCACUUUUGGGGGCGGCAACGCGCUGUGCCCUGGGAGACACCUUGCGCUGCGCGAGAUCAUGAGCAUCCUGGUGGUUAUGCUGCUCAGGUGUGACGUGGAACCGUGCGAGGAAAAGGGCCGGUGGAAGUUGCCGGCCAAGAGGCAUCACAUCUCGACGAGCAUCUUGACGCCGGUCGACGACAUCCGGGUGAGGAUACGGCCGCGAAAGGAGUUCAAGAAGGUAAAGUGGGAGUUUGUUUGGGGGUUGGAGGCGGAGACAAGGUGA